AUGGAGUACAAUUGGCAUUUUCAAAAGGUCGCGACUCGCUGUCACUGGAUCGAUGUUGUGGAGCGCAGUUCGGUGGCGAUCCAGGAAUUUGCUACCACUUCCACGGUAUAUUUCCGCCAGCAGAGCGGCGGCUCUAUCUUCGCUAUCGACGGACGAGAUGGCAGCGAGACAGAAAUUGAAGGCUCCAGUGAAUACGCGCGCUUUGUGGGGCUAGCGAUUCAUCGGCGAUAUGGACGUAUUUUCUGGAGUGAUGGUAGAUCUGUCAAAAGUGCAAACUUGUCUGACGGAUCCGAUGUAAAUGUUGUUAUCGGAGCCCUGGCAAGAGUUGUGUGGAUAGGAUCCAACUUUGGCCAAACGCAAGUGAGCAUUCACGAUCUAACAGUGAAAGGCACCAGAUGUAAUAGUGUCGUUUCGUGGUCAUCGGAACGCGUAGAGUGUAUUGUCGGACUACCUCUGCGCUUCUCACAAUCGCAAGUUCCUUUUGUGAGCGAAGACGACUGCAGUAUCCAGACAAACCAUGGAUCUAUGACCGGAAUUGCACUGAAUUAUAACGAAUUAUUUGCGUCGGGCACUUCUUCGCCAAUUGUUGAGCGGAUUGAUAUUUACUCAAAUGCUAUUCUUCCACAUUCUCUGGUCAUCGAUGAUCGCGAAGGAGAGGAUUGGCUCUACUGGUCAAACUCAGAAGAUGGCACUUUAUACCGCAGUAGUUUGCGGUCAAACGUCAUUGAGGUGUUGCAACGGCGCUGCUGGAGCGUCCGUGGGUUAGCGUUGAAUAUUUUUCAGGACUCUGGAAAGGAAAGAAUUUUCCUCUUGUACUCACUUGAAUCCAAGGGUACAAUAUCACAAAUCGAGUUGCCUCCUUCGAACACGUCGAUUACCUCUCCACCACUAGCACAAGAACUUCUAAGCGGUUUGAGGUCUCCGAGGGGCUUAGCUAUGGACUCUAUGAGCCAUAUUCUGUUUUUUACCGAGAAGACUGGUCGGAUUUUCCAGGCACGUCUUGGCAAGACCAUGACAGCUCGUCAAAAAGCUAAUAUAUUUCCCGAUGACGCGUCCAUUGUAUCACCUGGAGUGGAUAUACGUCGAAUCAUUACGCUGCCAACAAUGACGAGGCUCGAUGGUAUUGGGGUCGAUUCCAAAUAUCUCUAUUGGUGCGAAACCAACACGAAUAUUGUUGCGAGAGCUCUGCGACGAGACUUUCGGCGUCAGGUUGUAGUCGGUGGUACUGCAAAUUCUUUGUUGAGUUGGCCCCGUGGCAUCGUUCUUGGCUCCGAUGACGGCGACAUCAACGAACUCAAGAAAAGUUACUACUACUCUGAAUACACAGGUCGGGUGUCGAAAGGUGCAUCACAUAUUACAAUUGUCAACGAGCUCAAUGCUCCAGCAAUGCAGUAUCUGGACAACGUCGUGCAGCAGUCAUCUAUUCAAGGGAGCGGAGAUCACAUCUAUUUCUACGCUUUGGAGUAG